UUAAAGUGUGCUUUAGAAAAUAGCCCUGCUCUCAGUUUGUCAUAUGUGUUCACUGUUAAUUGUUUGAUAAUAUAAAGUUGUAAAAAUCCCUCAUUUAUUGACUUAAUCAUGUAAAAUGGCAACAGAUGAAAACUCAUGGAGAACACAAAGCUUUCGACAAAGUGUGAUUGCAAAAAUAGAUGAAGCUGUACAAAUGUCUGGAGUGCCCACUGCAAAAAAUAGUAUUGAAAUGGAAAAUCAUGUUUUCCAAAAGGCAAAAACCAAGGAAGAAUAUCUAGGUUUCGUAGCCAGGCUAAUUCUACAUGUCAGAGAAUUAAAUUCUAAAAAAACAGCAGGGGGCUCUGUACCAGCUACUGUUGGUUCUGGAAAUCAAGGAAUGCCAGAUCCAAUUGGAGCAUUACAAACAUUGGCACGUCAGGGAACUGGCAAUAACCAAAUGAUGAAUAUGAAUGGACCGGGAUCUAAUCCUCAAGGAAUAAUCCCUCAACCUCCUGCAAAUACUGCUACAAAUUUACUGCAAAGUUUAAAUCAACGUCCUGGGCAACCUAUAACCAUACAAGGUAUGCAAAGUAAAAUGCCAGGGAUGGGUAUGAUGCCUACUCAAACCAGUGGUCCAAUGAGUCAUAUGGGACCAAUUCAGACUAUGCAAAAUAAUUCAAUGUUAACACAGAUGAAUCAAAUGACACAGGGAAAUAUUCCUCAACAAAUGAACCAGAUGGUUACCAAUCAAAUGGGACAAAUAACUACAAGUCAGAUGCAACAAAAUAUGCAAACUCAAAUGCAAAAUCAACUAUCUAAUCAGAUGGGUAAUCAAAUUGGUGGAUCUAUCAGUGGAAUCCAAACUAGUAUCCCACAACAAAUGAAUCAAAUUGCUCCAGGUCCAUUAGGACCUACUCAAAUGCAACAGCAAUUAAGCCAUAUGCAGAGGAAGCAAGGUGAAAUGAUAAACGCUGGUUUCGCUGGUCCUCGAAAUGUUACUCCAAAUCAAUUUCUAGGACAGAGCCCAUCACCAUCAGCUCCAAGUCCUGCUGGUUUAGGUGCACCAUCAAGUAAUCAGAUGGUAGCCUCGCCUGCCUUAGUUCCAUCGCCAAGUCCACAACACGCAAUAAUGGCAGGAUCACAACGAUCUGUGGGAAUGGCAUCAUCCCCUAGUAGUUCUCUGAACACUCCGGGGGGCGUGGGUGCUACUCCAAGCCCACAGCAAGAAGAUCAAGCAUAUAGAGAUAAAGUUAGACAAUUAAGUAAAUAUGUUGAACCUUUAAGAAGAAUGAUUGCUAAAAUGGGAAACGAAGGAAAUAUCGAUAAGUUAAGCAAAAUGAAAAAGCUAUUAGAAAUUUUAUCAAAUCCUACCAAACGUACUAUGUCCUUGGAUACAUUAUUAAAAUGUGAAGUAGUUCUUGAAAAAUUGGAUUUUAAACGAAGCGAUGCCAGUGUAGGCCCUCCUGUAACAACACUAAAAGAACAUCAUUUCUUUAGUCCACUAUUGGAAGCAGUAAGCACCCAUCUCCAAAGUCCAGUAGUAAAUCACACGUUACAACGUACCUUUGGCCCGUGUUUAGAAGCUUUGUUUGGUCCAGAAAUAAAGAAUUUACCUCCGCCAUUGAAGAAACAGAAGAUAGAAGAAUCUCCAAGUGAAAUACCAGAUGUUUUACAAGGAGAAAUAGCUCGAUUAGACCAACGGUUUAAAGUAAGUCUGGAUCCAGCGCAACAAAAUGGAUCAAAGUGUAUUCAGUUAAUAUGUUGGUUAGAUGACCGUCAUCUCCCGUGCGUUCCACCAGUGUCAGUUACGGUUCCUGCUGAUUAUCCUUUAACACCACCGCGUUGUGUUAUGGCACCCCAUGAAUAUGCCACAACAUUUCUUUGUGCGGUUCAGAAAGCUUUAAAUGCACGUAUAACAAAACUUCCUCGACGUUUUUCCGUAUCUCAGUUAUUAGAUACUUGGGAAAUGAGUGUGAGACAAGCGAGUGCACCAUCGCAAACUCCUGUAACCGCCAGUACAGUAUUAAUGGGUUUAUAGUAAGCUUUUAUAUAUAAAAGAUAGUAUGAAUUUAAGACAAUUAUAUAGUGAUUAUUUUUAAUUUAAUCAUUUAUUUGAUUUGUUUGCGAUAAGAUAUCUAUAUCCAUAUUUUCCCUUUUAACUUAAGACAUUUUGUAUGUUUAUAUGACGUUGUAAAAUAAAUAUAAAUGAAUUUACUAUUUUUUUUAUUAUUUAUAUCAUAAAUACCCGCUGCCCUCCCCCAGGGGAUGAUGGGGGGUCUUAUGCAAGAUUUCCCCACGUUAAAAAAGAAAAAAAAAAAAUAAUCUGCAGCCACUGAAAUACAUAGGUACUAUUAUUCCUGCAAUGACUUAACCGUAGGUACAACAGUGUAAGUUGGGACAACAUAUGCGCGGGGCUUACACAACAAAUUGUAUCGUUCGUAUUGUAAAGGAGCCAGUACUGCAUGCGCUACGCUCCUUGUAACUUCGUCACUGUGUUGUAUAUUAUUCACAUAUUAGGUGAAUAAAACCCGGUAUGCGAGGCAUUAAUAAAAAUUUCUAGUACACAGUACGCGUUAAAAAAAUAAUCAAGCUUAAAAAUUUCUAAGAAAGUUUUUGAAAUUCAUCAUUAGAAAUGAAGAGUGAUCAAGUGAAUAAUCAAAGAAAGUGAUAAUUUCUUACACCUUAUUAAUAUUGAAGUUUGAUUUUGUGGUAUAAAACUUUUACACGGAAAAUGCAGGAGCUACAGGGACUCUUAAUCAUCGCAGGCAGUAAUGAUGGAAAUGCUCUGGGCGUGAUAAAACUGGCUUCAUUUUUGGCAAAUUUCUAAAGGGUGGGAGAUACAGCCGUUACCUGAAUAACGCACAGCCCGCAUCUUUCAUUGGAUGUUGUCUCGACCUAUAUUUCGUUCUGUUUGUUAUACGUCGCCCUUUCAAUUUCUCACUCCAUUCUUUUUUCCUUUACACUUACAUCAUCUAUGAAGUUUAAACGGUGUGCCUAAUCGACCGACUUAUAAAACAUGUAAAUUUAUGUAAAUGGCAUUGUGCCUAUCUUCCAAACACAAUAUACCAUCAACAAUACCUUUUAAAACAUUUUAGAACCUAUAUUUUAUACAAAGUAGUAAUUACCCAUAUAAUUAAACUCUAAGAAAUUUUAAUGGUUUUUUUUUUUUAUUGCAACAUCAACUGAUAAACACAGUUGUUUACAAAUCUUAUUACUUAUCUUAUACCAUAUGCAUAGCUUAAGAUUUAAGCGUUAGAUAUUAUUAACUCCUUGAUACAAUAUUCCGAUUUUUUUGUUAAACACUUGCGUCAAUAUAUGUUUCAAAAUUCUACUGAUUAGAGUGAAAAUCGAGUAAGAUAGUUAUAAAUAAUGAAUCGUCAAUAAUAACUUAUAUAUUUAGUUUCUUAAGUGAUAAUUUGUUGCUAAUGUGUUCUAAAACAUUUUCCUUGUAAGAAAAUACUUUUAUUUUAAUACAAUAAUGUUAUAAAAUCCA